CCCACUGUUAACUAUGAUGCCGAUGGGGAGGACCGUACCUUGCUACCCCAAGACAACCGCAACGGCUGGGUCAACCCCGAGGAUCUGUCUUCUAUGCCACAAUGUAUCGCCCAGCAAGAUCAGUCGGCCUGGCUGGAUACCAUGACGGAAUGCACCGGCAAACGAUGCACCUUUCACCUCGGAGUCAUCUGCGCCCACUACCAAUGGCUGACCCAGCUCAGCUGUCUCAGCACUGCAUUUUCCUCCGACGUCAUUACAAGUUAUUUCCCAUACUGUGAUCGAUCGAUACUCGCCAAAGCGCAGUUGUAUCAAUGGAUUCGCAACAUCACCGGUCGAACGUGGCUUGUCGAUGUCGGCGACACGAACAGCCUACAGCAUCUCUCCCCAGCCUCGCUAGCCAAAGGGUACGCAGCUCUUGAUGUGAUUGACAAUGCACCGAAAUGCCUGACCGACUCGACUUCUGCGUCCUUGGUGGAGUCAUUUCAACAUGUUAUAGCCUCCUGUAGCUUCACAGGCACUACCAGACACACCGGAAAUGCUGCUCGUCCUUGGGAAUAUAGUGAAUCUCUACGGUCCAUGGUCGCUCUGGACUUUGAAACUGUUGGCUACGACCUCGUCCAGCAUCGCAUCAGCGAUGACGACUAUUUUGAUCAGGAUUGCUUCUGCAGUGCCUUCACAAUAGACUUCACGAAAGAACCCUGUUCAGAGUCAGACCUGUUGGAUUUGACGAAGGAGCGCGUCUGGAUGAAUGCCACCUGUGGAUCGACGUCCCUGCCCGAUCACUGGACGGACACACUCAAAACCACACAAUUCGCAUACAUCCCCAUCGAAAAUUGGGACUGGCCCAUGUGUGUCGCGGAUAUGCCGGAGCAGGCGAUCCAGCUUACUGAUCAGUGUGCAACCGACGCCUGUGACAUUGACUCAAGCGGUUACUGCAAAGUCAGGCGUGCAGUGGACAGGGCUUGCUUUUGCCGCAAUAUUAGCUACGAUUCCUGCGGUGGUUCGUGCCAGGUAUUCGAGACCCGAAUCGACUAUAUCAAGUGGCUACACGGUCUGUGUGGCAAUGUGCACGACUGGCACGGUCUGCCAGAUCACUGGCGUCAAUUAGCCGUCCCUACCCCUAGCGAUAUGAUUCCAUGGGGAUGGACUCUCAAGCCAUCCAUCGACUCAGACAUUGCUAAUACGACUCGGUUGGGAUCCUUCGGGGUAACGGAGCCAUGUGCCUCGAAUGAAUGGAAGCUCGGAAGCUUCGCUUUAGUCCACAUAGCUACUUUCCUUGCAGCACUCCUCGGCCAGAAAAUAAGCAUACAUGAUCAAAUUGCACGCGGCUUUCUAGGGCACUCACACCCGUGGAGUUGGUUUUCCAAGGGGAUUUUGAUCGCUGCUCUGCAACUCUUGGCACAUUGGUCCAAUAGUUUGAUUGUCCAGACAACCCCUGGGUAUAAGGACACUCCCGUGAUUCAAUUGAUGCUCCUCUGGAGCUCCAUGCCUCGGCUUGCCUGGCUGCCCAUUUUGCUGAUCGGUCUGCCAUCCUUCGAAGCGAUGAAAUUCUCCACGGCUGCGUCUUUGCUAUUCGCGGAAACUAUCCUCCAGUGUAUAUCAUCCUAUUACAUGUUCAUGACCGUCAAUUACGGUCGAGAACACAACUUCUACCUCGGAGGUAUAGAAGGAGCAGAGAGAGCGAAACAGGCAAAAGCCAUGUAUGCCGGAGCACUCAUGUGGCUUGUCAUCAUCAUCAUAACAGUCGUCCAGUUAACGCGGGCUAAGCGCAAGACGGACAGACUGACUAGAUCCGGUCGUCUCGAUCCACAAACCCAGCCAAUACACUACAGACAAGUCACGAAAAUAACAACACUACCAGCCAGCUUGAAUGAUACUUACACAAGGCCCAGGGAGAACUUACCCGCAUAUAAUCAGAUAAACAAUGAUACCCACCACUUCGUUUCCCAGAAACAGGUACCUUUUGUGCGCCCGUAUGCUUCCACUGUCCGAAAUAUCUUCCUUCUCUGGGUUGCGCAAUGGAUCUUUUGGGGUGGAUUUGUUGGUCUUGCUUCGGAUGAGUAUGUGAUUGUGAUCUUAUUCAUGUAUAUGAUGAUUAUGUUGGUCUGUCUGUCUGUCUUGGCUAAUUCGGUCUUAUGGAUCUAG